AUGUUGUUCAAGUACGCAUUGGUCUGUCUUUUUUUGGUUGCCACGUGGACUCGAGCUGACGACGAAGUGGAAAUCGACGAUGAAUCGGUUGAAGCGUCCGAUGGAAACAGGACUAUUUCCGGAGAAGUUGAGGUGUCCGGUGAGUCCAUAAACUGCCCGACAUGAUCUGUUUAUAUGUAAUUGGAAAACAAUCCAAACAAAUUAUGUUUUCAGAUGUGGAAUCUGAUGAAAAUGACAAAGAAAAGACAGAAAAGAAGAGAAAUGUGGAAGAAACAAAUGAGAUUCAGGAAGAAGUGAAAGCGGAAUUAGACAAAGCGGUAAAUAAUGGCGAGGUCAGAAAGAGAUUCAAUUCGAGUUUUCAGGUGGAAAGUCUGAAAGAAGCGGCGAGAGAGAGGGAAGAAGAGGAAAACGGACUGCUCUCUCCGUCCAAUCUGGAACCCUGCGGGCCUAUAGACUGCAACCAUCGGGGCACUUGUCUCGGAACAAAGAAGACGUUCCUCUGUGCGUGCCAACUCGGAUUCUCCGGGAAGAGCUGUGAAGAGAGUAAGGAAAUGUGGAUUUAUCAUAUCGAAAUCGUUCCAUUUCAGCUGUUUGCGACUCUGCCCGUGACUGCAAUGGCCGUGGAUUGUGUCUGGGAACGACGAAUCAGCUGACGUGUCUCUGCAACCUCGGAUUCACCGGAAGACGCUGUCAGACACCGAUCUAA